AUGGAGGAAGCGCAAACACAGGCCCAAUCGCAGGGGGAACAGCAGCAGAAGGAAGCACCGCCAUCGCAGCAGCAGCAAGGCUUCGGUGCAUACAUCGCACUGGAGGAUAAUAACGCUCCGCUGACGCUCGUAGACGAACUAGCCUUUGACAAGGAUGACAUCGUGCACGUGUGGAUUCCGACGGUGACCAAACCGCCCACCAGUACCGUCGCCGAAGGUGAGGGCGGCCCUCGAGUCGCCUGGUACAAGGCCACCAAUGCUCGCACCAAGCAGACGGGUUACGUGCAGUUGAGCAAACUUUCGCCGCUGGAAAACAUCGACCCUGUUCUGUAUAGCGCCGGUGCCGGACGGCAGUACCUGAGUAGCGUUUCCACCGGCGCCUGCGUAUCGAUUGGUUGCGCCUGCGUUGCUGGUGGUUUGCCGCAACAACAACAGCAGCAGCAGCAACAGUCACAACAGACCGCGAUCUCUGACGCCUUUGGCGGAAUGCGGCUGGGCAGUGGCCCCACUCAGGGUACCGAUGCAACAACGGCCAAUGCGGAAGAGCUCUAUGUCAAGUGCGUUACACCGGGUACGGUGCUGAAAGAUCCGGCACUAAAAGAUGAAAUGGCUAGUAGAACCAGUAAUAACAGGGCUCACGCGACCGAGUUUGUUUAUUUCGUAACACCCAUUAUAUGUUUGUUUUGCCAGGACUACAUCUGGGGACUUGGAAGGCAAGGUGGACAGUGUAGAAACUGUUCAGCGUGUUUCCACGUCAAUUGUCUACCGAUGGCCUUGUAUAGGCCGUGCCAAAGAAAUUCGGAAAUGUACCAGAACAUACCGAGUACUUUCAGAACGGAAAAGUCAAUUAACGAAUGGACAACGGAAAAUGUGCUGGAAUGGAUGACCGCUGUUAAUAUGUAUGACCAUGUGGAGGUAUUCAAAACGAAAGCUAUAAAAGGCUGUGAUUUACCGAAUUUGGAUCGUGAUAAGCUUGAACAAAUGGGUAUUAAGAAUGAUUUCCAUCAGAAUAGUAUCCUGACGACGAUCAGACAACUUCUGACGAGUGCAGACAUGUCUGCAACGGCAGAACUGCCGACAUUGCCAGCUUCGGCACACAGUACAGUAAACCUUUCGGCCGGUUCCGAUCAACAGCAUAACGGACAUAAGCUGAUGAACGGUUCAUUUUCGAAACAGCAAAAAUGUGAUAUGUGCAAGAACUACCUGUUAGGACUGGUCCAUCAGGGGCUGUUCUGCACUCAGUGCCGUUUGGUUGUACACCGGCAGUGCUCGGUGAUGGGCCUGAAGCCAUGCACUGCUCCAGAUCGUGGCGCACAGCAGCAACAGGCACAACAGCUUCCUUCCACGUACGGCGGGUACAUGCUUGGCGGGGCAUUCCGGCAGGAGCACCAGCACAUAUUUGGCAAGAGUCUCUGUUUGCUGUUCGACGUCCAGCAGCAACCUACACCUCAAAUCGUGGGAGAUCUGUGUACCAGCCUGGAAAAGAAGGCCAUGAUGGACAAAGGACUUGACCUGUACGUUGUAUACCGUACUACACCGGUCCGGUACGACGAGGUGAACAAGCUGCGCGACGCACUCAACGAGAAUCUGCUCAAUAUUGAUCUGAACGGUUACACACCGGAAUGCGUUGCGACGGUGCUGAAGAAAUUUUUCCACGAGCUACCCGAUCCGCUCAUACCGGUUACAUUGUAUCAGUCGUUUAUUGAUGCUUCAAUGCUCGAUGACCAGCAAGCUGUGGAGCGUAUGAAAGCGAUUAUACAAGACAUGGCACCACAUCACAACAAGACGUUGCACUACUUCAUGCGGCAUCUGAUCCGAAUCUGUCGGUUGCAGUUUAUGCGCGGAAACAAGCAGCAGCCAACGAUGCUGCUGCAAAAUUGGUGCCAUAUUUUGAUGCGUCCAGCGUGGGAGAGGAUUGUGCACUUUGUGAGUAACAUAAAGAACCAUUUGCGGGUAUUGGAAAUUCUUAUGUACAAACUGGACUGGAACGAGGCGUUGCCCGAGUUUCUUUCCAUACCGGCCGUUCCACCGAGAAAGACUUCCCGAACGGGUGGUAGCGGUGGAACUGGAUCAACGAAAAAAUCCAUCUUGGCAUCACCAGAAGGUGGAUCGGUUGGGGCGCCGUUAAUUGAAAGCGAUUACAGCACCACCGCAACGUUGGGACGGACCGUGCCUCAGCAACCGGGAGUAGGAGGUGCUGGUGGAGGUGGCGGAAUGCUGCUCACCGGUGGUGCUCCGCUGGUAACCGAUGCGGAUAUACCCCAGGAGCUGCGUGAUGCAGAAUGGUACUGGGGUAAGAUUUCGCGCGAUGUUGCCAAGGAAAAGAUGAUGGAUGCACAGGAUGGAUCGUUCCUGGUGCGUGACGCGAUCAAUGAUGCGGGCGAAUAUACGCUCGUGCUGAAGAAGGACGGUACGGAUCGUCCGAUAAAGAUUUACCACAAAAACGGCAAGUAUGGUUUCACGCAGGAGUGCACGUUCGAAAGUCUGGUCGGCAUGAUCAACGAGUUUCGCACGACCACGCUGAAGGAGUAUAACACCAUCCUCGACAUUAGCCUGCUGUAUCCGAUAUCGCGGUUUGAGGACGAAAGUCUCUACCCGACCGCUGGAGAUAUUCAUCAGCUCGCGCAAAACUUCUACGAAACGGUACAAAGAUUAACCGAUUUGCAGAACAUGCGUGAAUCGACGCUGGAAGCUUUCAAUCAGGCGCAGUCACACCUCGAACUUCGCCGCCAAGCUCAGGAAGCGUUCAUCGAGGCGGAUAAACUGUUCAACGAUCAGUUGCUGACACAGGCACGCUACGAAACGGAGGCACAACCGCACGAAAAGCGCAGCCUGGCACAGAACCGAACGUUGAUCGAAAAUCGGUUGGAGGAGCUGCGCAAGUGCAAAAAGAAUCUGGAUGAAGAUAUGGAGCGGGAACGGGAGCGUAUGCGUGAGUUGCAGCGCGAGGCCAUGAAGCUAAAGCCGGAAAUUUUGAACCUAAGCAAACAGAAGGAUCAAUAUCUGGAGGCGCUCAAGCGUCAGUCCAUCACGGACGCGCAAAUCAAGCAGAUCCUCAAGGACGGCUACCUUUCGUCGACGAAUCCGGACUCCACCCAGGACCUGCCGCACCUGGACGAAACAACCUGGUUACGGGAACGCUACACUCGGCAGGAUGCGGAGAAAAAAUUGGCCAACAAACCGACCGGAACGUUCCUAAUUCGGGCACGCAAUGCCGGUCACUAUGCGCUGUCAAUUGCGUGUGACGGUCGGGUGAAUCAUUGCAUCAUUCACCAAACGGAGCGAGGGUAUGGUUUCGCGGAACCCUACUUCAUUUACGAUUCGCUCAAAUCGCUCGUGGUGCACUACGCGACCAACUCACUGGAGGAGCACAACGAUCUGUUGCAGACAACGCUGAAGUAUCCGGCGUUUGCACCGAACCUACCGAGUGGCAGUGGAAGCGGAAGCGGUGGAAGUGGUGGCAGCGGCAGCGGUGGAAGCGGUCAAACAGGUGGAGGUUCCUCAUCAUCCUCUUCCCGGCAACAAGCACCUGUUGGUAGUGGAGCUGGUGGUGGAGCUAGUAGUGGAGGAUCGACUUGGCCGGGGAUGACUUCUUUUGCUGCGUAA